CCCUUAUCUUCAACCCCACGUUACUGCCUACAUCCAUCCCAAUCCUACAUCAUCCUUCAUCUUCAGCACUUCCCAUUUCAACAACUUACAUCGAUCAGCCAAUUUUGACUGUUAGCGAUCACGAUAAACCAGCCAGCCAAGAUGGAGGUGGCAAUGAGAUCGUGGGAGCUCGAUAACGACAUCAAGCUCGUCGAUCCCGUACGAGACGCGCUUUACAACUACUCGGACGACCGCCAAACCGAAGUAAACUCCGCAAAGCCCUGGAAAGAUAACCCGAACCACUUCCAACAUGUACGCAUCAGCGCCGUCGCCCUCAUCAAGAUGGUCAUGCACGCCAGAACAGGAGGCUCUAUCGAAGUCAUGGGUUUGAUGCAAGGCUACACGGACGGCGAUACUAUUGUCAUCACAGAUGCUUUUGGCCUUCCUGUAGAGGGCACGGAGACGCGUGUUAAUGCUCAGGACGACGCCAACGAGUACAUGAUCCAAUACCUGCAGCUCUCUCGAGACCAAGGCAGUCGUCAAGAGAAUGUUGUGGGUUGGUACCAUAGCCACCCCGGCUACGGCUGCUGGCUCAGCGGCAUGGACGUCGGCACACAGAGCAUGCAGCAGAAAUUCAACGAUCCUUUCGUCGCAGUGGUCAUCGACCCCGAUCGUACCAUCAGCGCAGGCCGCGUCGAGAUCGGCGCCUUCCGCACAUAUCCCGAUAACUACCAGCCCACCGAACCAUCCGCUUCCUCAUCCUCCGGCCAAGCCGUACCGCUAUCCAAAGCUAAAGACUUCGGCGCCCACGCGAGCAAGUACUACAGCCUAGGAGUCUCGCAUUUCAAGUCAACGCUAGACUCGAGCCUAUUAGAGCUGCUGUGGAGCAAAUACUGGGUGCAGACGCUUUCGCAGAACCCGCUGCUGACAAACCGCGACUACGGCGACAAGCAAAUGCUAGACCUAGGCUCCAAAAUCCGGGAGGCCACCCUGUCUUGCCAGCGCAACUCGAGGGGGGGUCUCGGUGCAGGAGGCAAGGCUCUCGACGCGGAGAUGGAGAAGCUUGCCCGCACAAGCCACUCCGUCGCCAUGAACGAGAAGCAAGGGCUUAUGGCUAUCGAAGUCAAGGCUAAGAUUUUCAACGGGCUGGGGGGUACUACUACUGCUAGCACCGCUACAGAUCCAGCUCCGGAUACUACAAUUACUACCGCGCAGGAAUAAAUGCGAAUUCUGUAGUGUUAUGAUAUGAUAUGGCACGCGUCGUAUGGCCGCUAUUACGAGACACGAAGCAUUGGACGGCGUUUUUCGGCAUCGGAUGGAAAAGGGGGGCUGAUUAUAAAAACGUAAGAAUAGUAAUACAGAGUACAGG